AUGCUGAGUAAGGCUGCCCUUGGCGCUGCUCUCCUCGGCGCCGUUGGCGUCGAUGCGUUCUGGCGUAUGGAAUGCCCUCACCGACUUGGUCUCGCUCGAAUUGACCCUUUGGUCAACCCGGGCGUUGCUUCCGCGCAUGCCCAUGCCAUCUAUGGUUCUAACGGCUUCGGAGUCAGCUCCGGCUUCCAGGAUCUUGCCGCUGGUGAUUGUACAUCUUGCCGUGUCAAGCAGGACAAGUCCGCAUAUUGGCACCCUCAACUCUAUUUCAAGGAUGCUGCCACUGGCGAAUAUGAGGAGGUGAAGCCUCUCGGAGGCAUGCUUGCCUACUACUUCCUCAAUGGCGAGAAUAUUCAGCCCUUCCCUCCUGGCUUCAGGAUGAUUGCUGGUGACAACAACCGACGUGACUUUACCGCCCCUUGGGAUUACACCGGUCCCGACCCGGAGAAGUCUACUUGGAGGUCGCAGGGCUAUGUUGACCAGUCCAUCCUUCGACAGUUGGCCAUCGGCGUCAAUUGUCUUAACUAUAACAAGCCCGGAGAGCCGACUUUGAUGCGCCACUACCUCCCCGACAAGGCUUUUCUUGAUGCCAACUGCCCCGACGGCAUCCGAUUCGAACUCAUGUUCCCAUCCUGCUGGGUUGGCAACGGCGUCCUUGAGAGCGCUAACCACAAGGACCACGUCGCCUACCCCGAUACCGUCUUAGACGGCCCUUGUCCUUCUGGCUUCCCCGUCCGUCUCCCGGGCCUGAUGUUUGAGAGUUUCUAUAAUACUCCCGAAUUCAAAGACCGCGCUGGCGCCUUCGUCAUUUCCAAUGGCGACACCGAAGGCUUUGGUUACCACGGAGAUUUCAUCUCUGGUUGGGACGAAGAGACACUGAGACAAGCUGUUAACCAGUGUACCAACUUGAGUGGAAGGAUUGAUGACUGUCCUGUUUUCCAGCUCCAAAGCCAGGAUGAGGCUUCGCAGUGCAACCUCAACACCCCUAGCCUCCUUUCGGCUGACAAUGUCUUCGGUCCUAUGGCAUCCCUUCCGGGUCUCGGAGACAUCGUUAGUGGGGUUGUUGAUGCUCUCGGGGGUGGUGAUUCGCAAGACUCGGCCUCCAACGGAGGUAUCUUUAAGGAGGAUCCCAGCCCGAUUAAUGCUUCUUCGCAGGAACCCGAGCCCGAGCCAGAGCCCGAGCCUGAACCGGAACCGGAACCCACACCUGAACCCGCACCUGAACCUGAACCUGAACCCGAGCCGGAGCCGGAGCCGGAGCCGGAGCCAACUCCCGAGCCUGUCGUCACCCCACCUCCCGUGGCCGUCACCGAGGAAGACAAUGAUGAGUUUUACAGCACCGAUUACAUCAGGAAUGGCAACGUUUUGAGCAAGAUUCUCUGGGUCCAGGAGGUCGUCUAUGUCACAGAGGUCGCCUCGGACGCCGAAGUUGUCACUGUUACCCCCAGUGCACCCGCGCGAAAGAACAGACGGUCGCAUCUUCACCUGCAUGGACAUCUCCGCCACCGCCACUAA